AUGAAAAGCAUAAUCCACAUAUCGUUGUUCUUCGUUGUCCUGCUGAUAUUUACACAUGAGUGCAAACUGGAAAGUGGGAGAAUUACAAGUUAUGCACUUAGCAAUUUAACAGCCGGUUCGGUAGAUAGUGACGGGGCGAAUGGUAAGGAGGGCAUCGAGAAGUGCAAAGGAAGAAAUGGUGAUAUGCAGGUGAAAGAGGGUAGUUCCAGGAAGGGUGGGUUGUACACCCGUGUGGGAAGUGAUGGAACGAAGGGAGAUCCUUUGAAUAAACAGGGUGAUGCGGACAUUGCGGAGAAUCAGCAACAUGAAGAAUGUGUUAACUCUGCAGAUGCGCUAGCCUCUGGGGGAGAUGAUGAGUUGGACGAUGAGGAGGUGGACCAUGAACAGGACGACGGCGAUGAGGAGUUCGAUGAUGAGUUCGACGAUGAGUUCGACGAUGAGUUCGAUGAUGAGUUCGAUGAUGAGGACGAUAAUGAAGGAGACGAACAAAAUUGGGACGAAACGUACGAGUUAACAUCAAUUAAGGAAGAAGACGAAGAAGAAAAGUAUUCAGAUGGUGGAAGGAGCCCUGGGUAUGUGGACAGAGAAAGUGGCAAAAGCACCUCCUUAGAAGGUAAAGAAGUGGACAACAUGGACGAACAGGGCGAUGGGGAAAAAGACAAAAAUUUGAUUCCACCAGGUGAUGGCAAGGUGAACAAUGUGCUUAUGGAGGAUUAUAAAAAUGCGAAUAGAAUUAAGGAGGUAGCAGGUGGUUUAGUCGAAACUAUGAUUAACAUGCUGGAUGAAAGCGGGGAUAAUGAUGAGGUAAGAAUGUUUGCCAAAGACAUUAUUGAAUUUUUCACCAUUGAUUUAAACAUACAGAAGGGAGAUUCUCCAUGA